GUGGAUCUGGAGCCCAUCUAUCAAUAUGAAAGCAAUCAAGUUGUUGCUCUUGGCCAUAUUUGCAAGCGCAUUGGCAUUUAAGGAAUUUGUUAAAGGGUCCAAGGCAGUAGAUCUCUACAAUGGGAAUGAACGCAUAACAAACGGCACAUUGGCAGUUAGGGGACAAUUCCCUUAUCUUGUACGUUUCCGAUUAUUUGGUGAGCGGGUUUCAGAAUGCGGCGGUAGUAUACUCAGUAGUAUCUGGGUCCUAACAGCCGCACAUUGUUUACCUGGCAAACUAUACGGUGAUAUGUACUUCGGAGAGAUCCGGUCAAAAAACGCAAGGUUUCACCAUCGGAUCUACAAUCAUUCAUUCAUACCUCAUCCUGAAUAUGAUGGUAAAACCAGCCACAAUGAUGCUGCUAUGAUUAUCAUUCCACGCAUAACUUUCUCGAAGUACGUUAAUAAGAUCCAGCUGGCCAAUGAAGCUAAGCAUGCAAAUUUGACCGGCUGGCGGGCCUUUAUAGCUGGGUGGGGCAGAGUUAGCGAUGAUCCUGCCCAAUCCCGAGACCUAUAUUACACCAAUGUGACAAUAGCCGACGAUGAGUUAUGCGAAGCGUUUUAUAACUUUCAACCCAGCCAACUUUGUGUGUCAACUGUGCACAACCAGUCCAGUUGCCGAGGCGAUUCUGGCGGUCCUCUAACACUACACAAAGGAAAUUUCUUGGCUGGCAUUACAUCAUAUAGCGGACCUUCGUGUAUGAAUAAUGCUCCACAAGUAUUCACCCGAGUGACAAAAAUAGAUGCAUGGAUUCGCAAUGUGAUGGACAUUGCCAGCUAAAACGAUAAAGAGUUUCGUUAUAUUCUUACAAGUAAUGCAACAAAUUUGAUGACAAAUUUUAUUUGGAAGUAAAGCAUGUUUUAUUAUAA